CAUCAUGGAGGCAACAGAACUGCAUCACCUUUAUUUUCUCUGAAACUUUUCUGAUCGUUGAGUGAAUUAUGCUAAAGAAGAGAUCGAGAAGCAAGCAAGCAUUAAUGGCGGAUACGAACCAGAAACAGAGCAAACCCACGCCCAAAACGUUUCCACGCCUCUUCACAGCUUUCACCAGCUUCAAAAGCUUCACUGAAAACGACGCCGUCGCGAGCCCAACCUCAAUCCUCGACACCAAACCUUUCUCUGCUUUGAAAAACCCUUUUGUAUCCGAUAACCCGAAAACCCACGAACCCGAGACCCGACUCAAGCUCGAACCCACAAGAAUCGGACUCGCCAUUGUCCAAGAUGAAAACCCGGUACCCGAAUUAUUCUCCCGACCAAGAUCCGGAACAGUUCUAUUCGGGUCACAACUCAGGAUCCGGGUCCCGGACUCUCCACGAUCCUCGUCGGAUUUCGGGACCAAAACGAAAAAUUCUCCGGUUUCUCCUCCGCCGGAAGAGACAAAGAAAGCGGGUAUCGGGUCGACCCGAAUCUUCACGGGCUACUUCUCGACCAGCGAGAUGGAACUAUCGGAGGACUACACGUGCGUGACGUGUCACGGGCCUAACCCGAAAACGAUCCAUAUAUUCGAUAACUGUAUCGUUGAGAGUCAACCCGGCGUCGUUUUCUUUCGAAGCUCCGACCCGGUUAACGAUUCGGAUUGUAUACCACCCGACAGCUUUCUCAGCAGCUGCUGUAACUGUAAGAAGAAUCUUGGACCUCGUGAUGACAUUUUCAUGUACAGGGGAGAUAGAGCCUUCUGUAGCAGCGAAUGCAGGUCUUUGGAGAUGAUGUCGGAAGAAACUGACAAUUAAAUAAGCUUACUGACAUUAAAAAGAUGUCAUGAUAAUGACUAAAAUAAAUAAGAAAUUGUAGUGUUAAGAAAAUAAUUAUGUUUAGAUAUAAAUUUUGUUUAAUUGCUUUUCUUGUUUGCUCCGGGCAGAGUUGGUAUCUGUAUCUAUCAGUCAAUAUAUGUGUAUUAUGUAUUAUGCGUCUACAUGAUGCAUAGUCAUAUAUAUCUUUUACUUUAAUCGUUACUUUUAAACAUG